AUGGCACCUUUCAAGCCAAGGGAGGCGCCGCGAGCCGCAGCCAUUCAGGUUUCAGGUCUUUCCAGAGCCCUUAGGGUAGGUUUGGGGAAGGGGAGGGGAAGGGAGGGCAGGUCCAGAGCAGAGUGGGUGGAGUGGAGGGGGCAGACUGAAGGAAAUGAGACAACCUUUUCCUCCCACCGAAUCGUGAUCCUCCUGCGUCUGCUGGGGUUACCACCGCCGCCCGUGAGCGCCCAGGCCGGGACCGCGUGCCCACAGGUCUCCCCUGGGGUUUCUUUCCGAACCGCCAGUGCCAGCCCCAACCUUGGCCACAGCUUUGCUGCGUCCUCCUCUCAGGGAUCGGCUCCCGGUCCCCCGGCUCCGCCCCCAGCAGCCGGAGCCAGGACCCCGGAAGUGCGCGCUGGCGGCUCCGGCGAAGAAGAGAAGAGAGGGAGGGUGGCCACCUUGAUCCAGCUAAAGCAUCUCCAGGAGGCCUUCUCUGGAUGUCACAUCGAGGCUGCCCUUCUGCCACAACACGGAACUGGUGAUCCCCGAGCGCAUGGACAUGGCUUUGCUCAGCAAUAUCCUCGCCGCCUAUUCCUUUGUCUCAGAUCCUGGUGUGUUUUUGUCAUAGCACUUUUUUUACUAUGCUCAUUCCUGCUACCAGUCUCUGCUCACAGAAGCCACCCUCGAGUGAGAGGAGAAAAUCCCGAGGGAGCAGCUCUGUACUUUGUCUCUGGUGUGUGUAUUGGACUGGUCCUCACCCUAGCUGCCUUGGUGAUGAGGAUCUCUUGCCACACAGACUGCUGUCAGCAUUCCCAGAAGCUUCUGAGGGACCAAGAAAGCAGCAGCAAUAGCAGCGACAGCGAGGACGGCAGCUUGGAUGCAGCAUCUGACAUCUCAGUCAGGAGACAUCGGCGCUUUGAGAGGACUUUGAACAAGAAUGUCUUCACCUCGGUGGAGGAGCUGGAGCGAGCCCAGCGGCUGGAGGAGCGGGAACGUAUCAUCAGGGAGAUUUGGAUGAAUGGCCAGCCUGAGGUUCCCGGCACUAGGAGCCUGAACCGCUACUACUAGGGGCAGGAGCAGGAACCCAUACCCCACUGUUUAGCUGCCUGGGAGAGAAAGGGCCCCGCAGAGACAGUGGGCACUAAAAGUCGAAUGCAGUUCUGCUAAUGUUAUGGUGGCAGAGAUAAGCAGGACACUGUCAUUUUUGAGACAGUAAGACAGAUUUGUCCCUUUUGGCUACAUGGAGAAGUAGAAAAACCAAGUUGUUUUAUCAACCUUUCUAGAUCUUGGAAUGGUGCUGAAAACCCUCUCCAGCCAUGUGGAUGGAGAUUAGAGGAAUGGGACUUGUGGUGUGGUUUCUCUUGAUUUCUGAGGAUCUCAGAAGUUUCUGCAGACUUCAUUGCUAUGUUUUAUUUCUAUAGAAAAGGAAAUAUUAUUAUAGCAAGAGGGCUAGGAAGAGCAGGGUUACCUUAACUUAGUAAAUGCAACUUAAAUGACUGUUUGCAUGGAGGUGAUUUUGACCCAGAUAGCAUGAUCCAUGCUUAUUAUUUAAGGCCUAUUUUCAAAUCUCGUAUUGUAAUUGCAACCUCUUCCAUUUUAAAUGGCACCUCAGGGAUUAAAAUCCUGUUUUUUAUUACAGUUACCACUUCACUCAUGAAAAUGAAUAAUGUAUCAUAGGAGAUAUGUCAGUGAACUAGAAAAAUGUCAAUAACCUCAAAGGAUGAAGGGUUUUAUUUUAAAUAGCUUCUAAGGACUGUAUUAACGUGCAUUUAUUGCUGUAUGCAUUUGAAAAUGCAGCAGCAGAACAAAAGCCGUGUCUCCCCCCUUUUGGAGAAAACUUUAUGACUCUAGAUAAUCAUGACUUUAGACAUUUUGUUAAAAAAAUAAAAACCAUGUUUGAAUUUAUAGUAAGAGAAUGGGAAUGGGAGGUGAGGAAUAAAGCCAAAGUUAGGUUGGGAUAAAAAAUAAAAGUUACAUAAAAUCUUU